CGAUGUGGUGAACGUCUCUUUUAAAGUUCACGUGCACAUUAUACUCGAAAUAUAAAAAUCGUAAGUUCAAUAAAAACAACAUAAGAUGACUCGAAGUAACAGAGCUUAUAUCUCACUUUAUCAAUCAAAAUGAUUAAAUCUGCAAAAUAAUUUCAAUUGAAACAAGUUAAAAUGGCUAGGUAUCUAGCACAAAUUAUUGUGGUAGGCACAAAAGUGGUUGGUAGAGCUUUUGCAAGAGCUCUUCGACAAGAAAUAGCUGCUAGCCAAGAAGCAGCUCGUAGAGCAGGUGGUGGUCAACAAGGAUCUCAAAGAGUAGCAGCUAACACUCGAACUGGUUUAACAUUAGAUGAAGCAUUAAAAAUUCUUAAUGUCGAGCGACCUGAUCAAACUGAAGCUAUUGAGCAUAAUUAUAAAUACCUGAUGGAAGCAAAUGACAGAUCAAAAGGAGGUUCUUUUUAUAUACAAUCUAAAGUAGUAAGAGCUAAAGAACGUAUUGAUGAAGAAUUUAGAAAUAUAAAGUCAUCACCACCUUCUAGUUCCGAAAGUUCCAAACAAGAUUCUGUUUCUCCACACUGACAUUAAAAUUUAACUAGUCUGAAUCUGUUAACUGUUUAUAGUUAUAACCUUGUAAAUAUCUUUGCAUAAAUUAGUUUUAAUAAAAUUUCAUUAUAAAUUUUAGCUAAUUAUUUUUCUUACAUGAAAUACAUACAAUC